AUGGAGAACAAACCCGUCACUGUUCCGCUCGAAUCUAAGGAUCCUAGCUAUGUACCUCCAGGUGCCUAUGGAAUGCCGCAGCAGAGUAGCUACCCGAUUCCGCCCCCACCACCCCCGAAGCGUGAUCAACCAGUCCAGGCUUACCGUGGCCAACCACUCCGGAUAGAACCAGUGCAGGGCCGGCCGAUUCUAGCGGACAAUAGCCGGCAAACUGUCCCGGCCACCCUUCCCACACCGACUCCGUCUGCUACAAGUCCAGAAAACAACAAACUAUCUUCGAUAUCAUAUACCAACCCGGGAACUAUGUUCCCCACUCCGAUAAGUGCUACGAGCAGUACUAUGCAAUUACCAACGCCAUUAAGCGGCGUCGACCGACACAAGGAUUACCAGAGAGUGCCACCAUUACACGACCUUACACGUACGGAGCACGACACUUCACAUUCUGGUUCGCUUCCGCAGAUCAACAUUCUUCCGCCAACUCGAAGCAGCAGCCCGCCACUCCAAAGUCAUCCAAGCCAACCUGCGCCGCCGCCGCCGCCGCCGCCUCAACCAACUACGGCAACCGACCCUCAGGAAGCAGCACGCCUUGCAUUAUCUCAACAUUUGCCGCCUGACCGGGAGAGAACGCAGAAGGAAGAAAUGCUCACGGGAAAUCAGUACUAUCCAUUCGACGAAGAGUUAGUGCUGGAGAGGCAGAGAUGUAGCGCCGCAUGUUUCAGGUUUAAUAACUCCACCAACCCGAGUGUUGGAGUAUCGGCGUCCGAGCGGUCUCGGCUUUUCCGAGAGAUUUUACACCCGACGGAGCCUAUCUUUAUGAACCCUCAGUUACAAUCGUCGAUUACAAAUGUCGGUAGCGUGGGACAAGAAGUAGUUGUCGAGGCGCCAUUCACGUGCGAUUAUGGUUACAAUAUUGCUAUCGGAAACAAUGUUUUUAUCGGCCGAAAUUGCACCAUCAUCGAUCCUAUGGAAAUCAUUAUUGGCAACAACUGUUACAUCGGACCGAACGUUAGUCUCUUCGGCGGUACCCUACAUACGGACCCCAAGAAACGCAAAGGGAGUAAAAGCCCCCACCGAGGCGCCCCUAUUUACAUUGAUGAAGAUGUCUGGGUCGGAGGUGGCGCUAUAAUCCUUCUCGGCCUUAGGAUUGGGAAAGGGGCGACAAUCGCAGCCGGCGCAGUGGUUACUAAGGAUGUACCUCCGUUUACGGUCGUCGCUGGUAAUCCUGCUCGGGUGACACGCGGUGCCAUUAGCUGA